GAGAAGUUUAUUCUCCUGCAAUCUAGGAGGCUAGGGGUCCCGAAUUCAGGGCUCCAGCUCCAGGGGAAGGCUUUCUCUCUGUUGGCUCUGGGGGCAGGUCCUUGUCAUCAGUCUUCUCUGGUCUAGUUGCUUCUCAGCACAGGAACCUCAGGUCCAAAGGACACGCUCUGCUCCCGGCAUUGCUUUCUUGGUGGUAUGAGGUCCCCUUAUCUCUCUGCUCGUUGCCCUUUUAUAUCUCAAAAGAGACUGACUGAAGAUACAACCUAAUAUUGUAGAUUGAGUCCUGCCUCAUUAAUAUAACCGCCUCUAAUCCUGCCUCAUUAACAACACAGAGGUAGGAUUUAUAACACAUAGAAAAAUCAGAUCAGAUGACAAAAUGGUGCACAGUCACACAAUACUGGGAAUCAUGGCUUAGCCAAGUUGGCACACAUUUUAGGGGACACAGUUCAGUCCGUAACAUGUGGUAAGUAUAUCUAGGCCCAUUUGGGCCAGUGGAAGCAAGGCUGGUGGGAGGCAUGGACUUCAGGAAACAGAACUGGAAUUUGCCCCCAUCACAUCCAGCCAACCCGGCCAAGCCACUGGCCUCAUUUCUCCUCAUCUGCGAAAUGUGGACGGUGCCUUUUCUUCUGCAUGGUUGAAGGGCUAAGAUGAGGUCAGCUACAUCAUUGUCGUUAAGGAUCUCAAGGUCUCCACCAGCUCUAAAUGAGUGGUUUUCAGUGGGAAGGGGCCUCAUUGCGUGGCUGUUAAUUUCUCAGAUGUGAAGUCACUCUCUUUAUGCAUCUUAAUUUCACCUGCUUUGAGAAUUUAUAGCAAUUACUUUCAUUGUUUUAAAAGGAAACCAAGGAGUUUCUACUUUUCUCCUCCUGGUUUCUUAGUGCCUUGGGGCCUUUUUUGUUGCUGUUACAGGUUUUAACAAUUGAAUUGAGGUUUAUUGAUUGAUGGGCUUAGUAGGUGGUAAUUGAACCUUUCUAGACUUGAGUAAGAACAACCUGUGCAUAGAAAGGAGUCCCUUGGUGGCGCAAACUUAAGUGCUCCACUACUAAUCAAAAGGUUGGUGGUUCAAACUCGCCUAGGUGCGCCUUGGAAGAAAAGCCUAGAGAUCUACUUCUGAGCAAUCAGCCAUUAGAAACCCUAUAGGCCAGUUCUACUCUGACACACGUGGGGUCACUAUGAGUUGGAACUGAACUGAUGGCAGCUGGUUUGGUUUUUAGGCGUGAGUAGGGAAGCGGUAUUUGGACGGAGGAAGACCUUUGAUUCUGAACGUCCAUUUUCAGGCCUUGUAAAGUUUAAACCAAAUCCUUUACUUAGAAGACAUCAUUGCAGAAUUUUUUUCUCAGCAUAGAUCCAGGUCCAAUCAAGGAGCCCGUUCAUUUUGAACAAAAUUUGAGUAAAAAAUUUUUUACAUCUAGAGAUUCAAGCACAAGCAGUCAUGCAGCAUUCGUGGCCAUUCAGUCAACACGAGUUUCUUGAGCAGUUGCUCUGGGUUAGGUUCUGAGCCAGGCAUUGGGAAUAGGGCAGCCCCCUGCCGUCUCAGACCUUGCCAUCCUGAAUUUACAACAAGGACAGUGCCAGCUGAUCUAUAUUGAGCAUUUACUACACACCAAGCCCCGUGCCAAGUGCUUUCCAUGUGUUAUCUUAUUUCAUCUUUAUAACAGCCCUGAAAUAUAGGUGCUUAUGUCCCCAUUUUUUAGCCAGGGAAGGGGAGAAAAGCAGAAACGUUAAGUAACAUGCCUGAGUUUAAGUGCCUGAGGUCAUUUGGGAGGCCCUGAGGUGAACGGAUAGCAUCUGUUAAGAUGUGGUAGGUGCUGAGGGCCCCAUGGGACACAGGCAGUUGGCUCUCCUGGCAGGAAGGAGUAGGCCUCCAGCACUCAGCCCUCCGUUAUGAGAUGCCUGGAGGAGAUGAGGCAGCUGGUGUGGCUCUGGGAUGAAAGCUUGUCAAGGGUUUUGAACUUUUUUCUAAAAAAGCCAUACAAAGGAAAAUCAUUAAAGAAGGUACAUGUUUUGAAAGCUCACUCUGAAGGGAGGGUACGAGUGAAUGUGCCAAGACCAGUUCUGUUUUGGAAGACACAGUGGCUUCACCAACACUGAGCAACGUUUCAUUCUCUUAUACGUAGGGUUGCUAUGAGUCAGAAUCGACUCGUCGGCAGCUAAUAAGAACAAUAAAUCUGAAUGGAAGGUGUUUGCUAUUACUUAUCCAAAAGCAAGUUGUGCAAAGACACUAAAUAAAUUCCAGUUUCUUUAAAUCCAGAUUGGUUUUUACUCAAUGAUAGCUUUGUUAAAAAAAAUACAUACAUAUAUAUAUAUAUAUAUAAGACCUGUGACUAUGAACAUGGAGGUAGAAAAUCCAUGUUAUGACAUGUACAAGUUACUGUGUAUUAUGUAAAGUUUUGCUCCACAGAGUUCUUGUCACCAAAGGCAGAAGGGGAAGCCAGGCCUGGGGAGCUGGGGACCCUAUGGCUCUCAUCCUCCCUACCUGUUCUUAACUCUGCCUUCAGCCUUCACUUUGUGAUUUCCCUGAUCUUUAUGGUGACCUACAGGAGUUAAAAAAGGAAGUGGUACAUAGAUGGAGUUAGCUCCAACCACAUCACAUAGGUUUAGAUUCAAACUGCAAAGCCACGAUGAAGUGAUUGGCUUGACAACUUGCCAUCUUGAACAGGCCUGUGCUCCUCUCUGUGGUUCAAAAGUGGCCUGGUCCAGUUGCCCUGGCAUGCUGUAUAAUUGAGCACGUGGCAUAACCGCCGGGCACAUACUUGGUUUCACAUGAAUAUUAAUUCUACCUCUGUAGUGUGUUCUGCUUCAGAGCAAAUGUGUUGAUCUCUAGGUACCGUCCAGAUGCAGAUGACCUCUGUGGUCCCUUUAAUAGUUAAUCAGAAUAGCAAGUGAAAUUAAUUUCAGUUUCCUUUGAACAAACUGCCGUGAGGGCAGACACUGCCUCUACCUGGUAGUGCCCAUGAGUACUGAGCCAUUGCUGGAAGAAGAGGGGACACGCGACCCCAGGACACUGUCUGUGCAUGUCCCCAGCCUGUGCAUGCUCUAGGAGCAAUAGAGAGGUAACUUGGGGCAAAGAUUAAUCACCCAUAUGUGAAGCACCCUCUUUCUGCCUGAAGCUCUGUGGUCAGCAGUGACGUCAAUGGCUCGGCUCCCUAUUGGCAUUCGCUUCCUCAUCUCGUUCUCAAGGGACCAAUGGUACAGAGCCUUUACUUUUUUUUUGACGUUUUUGCUGUACGCAAGUUUUCACUUAUCUCGGAAGCCUAUCAGCAUAGUUAAGGGUGAGCUCCACAAGGACUGUGCCGCUGUGACCGAGGGUGACGUCCAGUUCAACAGCCUGAGCCGACAACCCAGUUACCUGCCCCCUCAGCAACCACCCAGUAAUGGGACCGACUGCGGCUGGGCGCCCUUUGACAAGGACAACUAUCAGCAGCUGCUUGGGGCCCUGGAUUAUUCUUUCCUGUGCGCUUACGCCGUGGGCAUGUACCUGAGUGGCAUCAUAGGAGAACGCCUGCCAAUUAGGUAUUACCUGACCUUUGGGAUGUUUGCCAGCGGGGCCUUCACCGCCUUGUUUGGCUUAGGAUAUUUCUACGAUAUUCACAGCUUUGGAUUCUACGUGGUCACUCAGAUCAUCAAUGGCCUGGUGCAGACCACGGGCUGGCCCAGCGUGGUCACCUGCCUUGGCAACUGGUUCGGCAAAGGAAGGCGAGGUUUGAUCAUGGGCGUCUGGAAUUCUCACACCUCUGUGGGCAACAUUUUGGGGUCCUUGAUUGCUGGCUACUGGGUGUCCACAUGCUGGGGCCUGUCCUUCGUCGUGCCCGGGGCCAUCAUGGCAGUCAUGGGGAUGGUGUGCUUUCUCUUUCUCAUCGAGCAUCCGAAAGAUAUCAGGUGCUCUUCCACACCAUCAACGCAUUCCAAAGACUAUGAGAAUGGUACAAACAGAUUUAGAAUCCAGAAGCAAAUCCUAAAUGAGAAGAACAAGCCUCUGGACCCGGAGGCGCAGUGCUUGCUGCUAUCAGAUGGGAGCAGUGGCGUCCAUCCCAACCACAUCAUCAUCCUCCCUGCUGAAGGCGGAAGUGCCAUGGCGGCCAUCAGCUUCACCGGGGCCUUGAGAAUUCCAGGUGUGGUAGAGUUCUCUCUGUGCUUGCUGUUUGCCAAGCUGGUCAGCUACACUUUCCUAUUUUGGCUUCCACUGUACAUCACGAAUGUGGAUCACCUUGAUGCUCAGAAAGCAGGGGUGCUGUCAACCUUGUUUGAUGUGGGCGGAAUCUUCGGUGGGAUCCUGGCAGGCCUGAUCUCAGACCGCCUGGAGAAGAGGGCCUCCACCUGCGGCCUGAUGCUGCUGCUUGCGGCCCCGACGCUCUACAUAUUCUCCACCAUCAGUAAAAUGGGCCUAGAAGCCACAACAGUGAUGCUGCUGCUCAGCGGGGCCCUGGUCAGCGGGCCAUACGCACUGAUCACGACUGCUGUCUCCGCUGACCUGGGGACUCAUAAAAGUUUGAAAGGGAACGCCCAUGCCCUUGCCACCGUGACUGCCAUCAUCGACGGAACCGGGUCUGUAGGAGCAGCCUUGGGCCCUCUGCUGGCUGGGCUCAUCUCCCCCUCUGGAUGGAACAACGUGUUUUACAUGUUGAUGUUUGCAGAUGCCUGUGCCUUACUGUGCCUGAUCCGCCUCAUCCACAAGGAGCUGGGCUGCACGGGGACACCGACGGGGGACCAAGUUCCGUUUAAGGAACACUGACUGUGUAAAUCUCAUCCUUCACAAGCCAUCUUUCCUGGAAAAGUUCAAACAGAGCCUCCUGGGUUGAGAAGAAUGACGUACCCUUGCCUUUUGCACAGGCACCUAGGUGAAACGCAGAUUCAAACUGGCGAAUCCCUGGUGCCAUUGCCACGACAUGCAGAGCCUAGGACAGCAGUGAGUACGUCGGUGGGCGCUGCUGCCCGGCUGCCUUACCCAAACCAGGAAAACACAGACUCUGACAACCAAGUGCCUCGUGGCAGGUCUCACCCCAUUGCUCCACUGGAUGGAUGAAAACCAAUGGCGACACAAUGAGUUCUUAGAUGCAGACCCCCUCUCUCAGGUAUUUAGGUACUAGAAUGUUAAAGGGACAUGACGCUCUGCCAGCAGGACCCCUGACCACAAAUGUGUCCGUCACUUCCAGAGACCCCAAAGGUGCUGCCUAAAGCGAAUGGAAGAAUAUCAGAACCCACCAGCUAGCAAAGAAGCUGGUGUUAGGAAGCAAAUAACAACUCAGCCUCUAAAAUGACUCCUCACAUUACCCAAAAGAUUUUCCCAGGGCUUCCUCUCAUUCUGUAUGACCUGAAAACUGAACAACAGUGAAACUCCCCACGCUGGCGAUGGGGCCCAGGCACGUUGGGAAGCGCCAGGCACAGCGGGGCCCACCUGAGCCCUCUCAGAGGGGCCCCGGCAUGGGGUGGGGGCGGCAUGGGGUGGGGGCGUCACACUCAGGGCUGUGAGCCACACAUCUCAAGCGCAGCAAUCUGCUUCACUCCGGAUCCGCACACAUCUGGGGAUGGUCUCUAGGUACACGGCAGCAGAGUGGAUGUUAUUUAUUUAAAAUACGUGAUGUGUAUAUGAGGUUUAGAAACUGUAAAGGGCAUUUCAUUAUUUAUUAAGACAAACUCCGACUGCUCUCGGGCUGUUUGUUUUCCUGGCUGUUGCCUAGCAAAACACUUACCUGCCCUUUGAAAUAAAUGUUUUUAGAAAAAAAAAAAAAAAGAAAAACCUCCAGCAGAA